CACUAAGUAUCAGCCGGUCUUUGUCUAGCGAAAAUGUAAUAUCGGCUAAGUGACGCUAGUCUGUCUGCUGUAGAGUUAGUCUAUCUGUAUGUAGGGUUUUCUUUUCUUGGUGAUAAAGCCUUGACUAGCGCCACUCGCGGUGGUUAAAUAAUCUUCCCAGCCUACACACUUAUCAGCCUUGUAUCAACGACCUCCUCCUAUAUCAGAAAUGAAACUCGACCACCUCCCCGUGGAGCUAAUUCUCCAAAUUGUUCCCUUCCUAAAGAAACAUGAUUAUGCGCAACUAGUGCUGGUUUGCAAGUCCUGGUACUCCCUAUUCAUCCCCCAUCUAUACCACCAUGUUGUGCUUCCCUUGAACCAUUACUGUGGUUUCGGAUAUGGUCACAAGCGCUAUAGCAAGGAUCUUCCUGUGCGUCGGUUCACCUUGGCUCUGCUUGAGAAUCCAACCCUUGCUCCCUUGAUCCACUUUUUGCAGCUUUAUCCUAGUGAUUGUGAGGGGAAAUGGCAGAAUCGGCCUCCGCUAAAGCCGGUGGCUGAAGAAAAAUACCUCCCUUUCAUGCUGCCCUAUGGCGAUGCUAAGCGCAAACAUCGUCGCAAGUUCCAUGCAUGGCGCCGAGAUCUUAGACACAGAUCCGAGCGACAGGACUGGUAUCGGAAAUACCGAUACGAAGAUGCCUGGCUAGCCUUGCUCAUGGUACAAGUCAAGAACCUCGAGACGUUCGCCAUCCAAUUACCCGAAGAGUGGGACCACAUUGUUGACGAAGGAGAACCCCUACUCAAAAACUCUGUCCACUUUGAACGUGUCAUUCAAUGGGCUAGUAACCCGAAGCUGGGCAUUCUCACGUACCUAAAGCACAUUUCGUUGAGGGAUGGCCCAGAUUUCUGGGAAUAUCGGACUUCCGUAGGCGCAGUUCCCAUGAACCGGCUGCUUCCUUAUCUCCGGAUUCCGUCACUGCGAAAGCUUUAUGUGCAUAAUGUGUGUGAUCGAUCCCGAUUCCACAUGCCUAAAAGUUUGGUUCUUCCACUGACCCAUCUGGAUCUUAUGGCAAAUGAUGAUGACCUGCCUAAUCUCCCCUGCCUGCUGGAAAGGUGUCCAAACCUGCAGUCAUUCACCCUUGAAGUGGGUGAUGGGAUGGCGAAUCAUACUCACCAAUACCUGAAUCACUCGCGCCUAUACCAGCCCUUGCGACGAUCUCAAUCGUCGUUGCGUUACCUGAACCUAAUUUUCCUGAGCGACCGGACCUGGCAGGAUGCCGAAAUCCCAAGCCCUAUCUUCUUCGGGAGCCUGACUGAGUUUCGUAAUCUCCAGACCAUCCAUAUGCGGUGGAGUAGCUUGUUGCCGUUUCUCGGGAGCGGUUCCUACGAUCCCGAGAAAUCUCUUCGGGAGCUGCUUCCUUGCUCUCUGCAAUAUCUCUUUAUUCACGAUUGCUUGAUCCAAUCCUCGUUGGCCUUGUGCAGGGAACUCGAAACCCUGGAGAUACACUAUUUCGAGGCCGUCCCUUCGCUCAAGGCGCUAUAUCUUGAGUAUGCUGUUAGAGAGCAAGCACCGGGACAGGGGUGUAUGAAGUGUGUUAGCGGUCAUUGGUCCAACUAUCGAAUGAUGGAAACAGACCCCGUCAUCGAUCGCCGUCUACUGGACUUGCAAGGGAAAUUCCGUACGUUGGGCGUGGACUUCCGGAUUAUCAAACCAGGAGUCACGGCGAAACCUUUCCCUCUAGACGGUGCGAUCAGGACGAAGUGGCCUUGGGAGACUUUUGAUGGAGUUUUGAUGUAGACAUUUUGUUUUUUACCCUUCCGGAGAUGUGGUAUUUAGAUGAAGCAAGGUAUGGGUAAGCUGCGUCAGACAUAACGAUUAGUUUGUGAAGAAGAACAUGCGUGAUGCAAUACCGGGGCACGAGUACCAGCAGUAUUGGAAUAAAUAUCAUCGCUCCUCCAUGUGGUCAUAACAAUCCAUGUUCAAAUUGAAAGAUGUGUAUGGGUGUUGAUGAACCGGACAAUCGAAAGGGCAUAUCAGAUGGUAGCAGUGAUCUGAAAGCUUUCAGGAAGCCGUGCUAAUUGUAAAGGGAAUUUAUCGGAGGAAAAAGUGAUGUUGGGAAGAGGAUGUGGCAGUAACG